GAGAACCCGGCAAUGGAAGCCACGCUCGUUUGAACUUGUGCUCGUAGCACGUCGGUUCAACGUAAUUUCAAGUUUUCUCCAUAGCUGACGGAAACCGCCUCCAAAAAUUCAACAUGCGUGAAUGCAUCUCUGUCCACGUCGGUCAGGCCGGAGUCCAGAUCGGAAAUGCCUGCUGGGAGCUGUACUGCCUCGAGCACGGUAUUCAACCCGACGGUCAGAUGCCCUCUGAUAAAAACGUAGGAGGCAGCGAUGACUCCUUUAACACCUUUUUCAUGGAGACCGGCGCUGGCAAGCACGUACCCCGUGCCGUGUAUGUCGAUCUCGAACCAACCGUUGUCGAUGAAGUCCGCACCGGAGCCUACAGGCAACUCUUCCACCCCGAGCAACUGAUCACCGGAAAGGAAGAUGCCGCUAAUAAUUACGCUCGUGGACACUACACUAUCGGAAAGGAACUCAUUGAUCUCGUACUGGACCGUGUCCGUAAGCUGGCUGACCAAUGUACCGGUCUCCAGGGCUUCUUGAUCUUCCACUCGUUCGGAGGAGGAACCGGAUCCGGAUUCACUUCUCUGCUCAUGGAGCGUCUCUCAGUUGACUACGGCAAGAAGUCGAAGCUCGAGUUCGCCGUUUACCCCGCUCCCCAGGUUUCCACCGCCGUGGUCGAGCCUUACAACUCGAUCCUGACCACCCACACCACCCUUGAGCAUUCGGACUUUGUGGAUUCGGUGCCCGACUGGUUCAAGGUCGGUAUCAACUACCAGCCGCCGACCGUCGUGCCCGGUGGUGACACCGCCAAGGUGCCCCGUGCCGUGUGCAUGUUGUCCAACACCACUGCGAUUGCCGAGGCUUGGGCCCGUCUGGAUCAUAAGUUCGAUCUGAUGUACGCCAAGAGAGCCUUCGUCCACUGGUACGUCGGAGAAGGCAUGGAAGAAGGUGAAUUCUCUGAAGCUCGUGAAGAUCUUGCCGCCCUCGAGAAGGACUACGAAGAGGUCGGAAUCGACUCUCAGGAUGGAGGAGCCGAGGACGACGGUGGAGAUGAGUUCUAAGCCGCUGCCUUCUCUGUUCAGAGUCAGAAAGCGAGCAUUAAUCAGUAUCCGCGAGGUCGUCCGAAGUACCGGGCGAUUCUUGAAAUAAAUUAUAAACCGAUUCGACAUGAUCAGGCCAGCUUCCGCA